CCGGCGCGACGCCGCGCAACUUGGCGCAGUCGGAGGCCUCAGCGUCUCGCUACAUAAGCCGUCCCCUUUCCCAUGUCCACUUGAGCGACCACUUCCAAGCUCGGCAUCUGCUUGUGCUCCCGUUCCGCAUAGCUGCUCCUUGUCUGCAUCACCCGUGAUUCCGUCACGCACCAUGGCCAAGCUUUUGUUCCUCGUUGCUGUUCUCGUGAUAGCUGCAGCCGUGGCGGCUGAUGCUCACGUAGCACCUGCUCCCGCUCCUGCCGCAGCGAAGGCUCCUGCGCCGACUCCGGUUCCCGCACCUGCUCGUGCCCCCUUCGUGAAGAAGGAUUCGAGCUUCUCGCUGAAGUGCGUCAUUCACAACGUGGCGACGAGGGACGUAGCGGUGAAGCUGGUCGUUCGGGGCAAGGACGCGGCGAAGCGUGUGGUGGCAAAGUCUGGGCAGUGGACCGCCAUCGGGCCCGUGAAGCUGGGGUGCUCCGUUCCGGUGGUGCACGUGUGGGUGACAGUGAAGAACAACAGGGGCUGGGCUGUGACGAAGAGCUUCCCGAUCAGGUUGGCCGAGUUUCUGAAGAACGUCGUGCCCAAGUGCACGAAGGUGCUGGCGCUGACGGCUUUUGAGAAGGCGAAGGCGAGGGGGAGCGAGAGGUGUCUGGUGGUGAAGGUCGGCAAGAAGGAGGUCCUGACCGUGAAGUACUAGAUUCCAGAUCCCAGUCAAGGAUUGUUGACUUGUUGGAGUCUCUGCAAUCGGGCUGUGAGAAUGGGGACACGCUCUCCACUGUAGGAGUUGAUCUGAUCGGGUCGGGUGGUGCCAGCACCGGAAGUCUCGUUCAAGAGACAUUGUGUGAUGCACAUAGGAGCGGGAACAUGGAUUGUAGGAGAUAUUAGUUAUAGGUACGUCGGAAGCGACGCAGUUGGGGUUGUCGAGGACGUCGGCAGCUUGAUUGUGUUUAAGGGAGGACCACUUCGUUAUUCAUCGUAAUGUGCAUCGGUCGAGAUCAGCGUCCAUUGUUGCGACGCUGAAGGCCGCUACCUGCAAA